AUGACUUCUGAACUAAAAUUUAAAGAACUAAUUACAAAGCGCAGUUCCAUUAAGGGACGCGUGACUAAAUUUAAAAUAUAUCUAGAAUCAUUAGUAGCUUUGGAAAGUAUUUCUGCCGUAGAAGUCAACAAGCUAGCAAUGAAGCUAUCUAGAAUGGAAGCAUUAUUCAUUGAGUUCGACGGGCUGCAGAGUCAAAUAGAGGUGCAUAGCGAGGCUAAUCAAUCUGCUGAAUUGUCCACCCGCGAUUUUAUAGAACAAGAAUUUGAUAAUUGCAUUGCUAUCGCUCAAGAUUUAAUACAGUCUAACAGCUCAGCUCCCAAGCAGGUGGAAGGCGAGCGCUCAAUCGCCUGGUUCUCCUAUCACCUGACGAAAGCCAUGAUGCUUGAAAGCUACACUAGAGCUUUCAAGGGCCGGGAAGAUGUCGGCGCCACAUCGGCACCGAGGAACGCAACGCAGCCGCAGCCCUCACGCUAUUGGCUACCCGCAGUCAACGCUAUUGGUACCACGCGCGGCAUGACGCGA